AUGACCCUCGGUCUUCCCGUUGGUGCCGUCAUGAACUGCGCCGACAACUCUGGUGCCCGUAACCUUUACAUCAUCUCCGUCAAGGGUAUCGGUGCCCGCCUCAACAGACUGCCUGCCGGUGGUGUCGGUGACAUGGUCAUGGCCACCGUCAAGAAGGGAAAGCCCGAACUCCGCAAGAAGGUCCACCCCGCCGUCAUCGUUCGCCAGUCCAAGCCCUGGAAGCGUUUCGACGGUGUCUUCCUGUACUUCGAGGACAACGCCGGUGUCAUCGUCAACCCCAAGGGUGAGAUGAAGGGCUCCGCCAUUACCGGCCCCGUCGGUAAGGAGGCUGCUGAGCUCUGGCCCCGUAUUGCCAGCAACUCUGGUGUCGUCAUGUAA